AUGACAAUGGAAAAAUUUGUUAUGCCCGAAGAUGAAACUCCAAUUAAAGUAUUUCUUGGUCUUAAUUUUUAUGGAUAUCGUUAUGAUCGAGUUGAUUCAUCAGAAAAAAACGAACAAAAACAACAAUUUGGAAUGAAAUCAAUUAUUGGUCAAGAUUAUAUUGAAUUUCUUCGAAAAUCUCAUCAUAAAUCAAUGAUUGUUUAUGAUCCUCGAUCACAAGAACAUGCUACAGUUAUACAUGGUCAACCAACAAAACAACAACCAAAUCCAAUACCUGAAACAAUUAUUUUCUAUCCUAGUUUAAAAUCAAUUUAUAAACGAUUAGAAUUAGCAACUAAACUUCAUGUUGGUAUUGCUAUAUGGGAUGGUGGUCAAGGAACAUUCAUUGAUACAUUUUGGCGGAAAUCAUUCAUUGGUGAUUUACGCCGAGCUAGAAAAGACUCUGAUGAUGAUAAUCAAUGGACUAUAAUAUAUAAUGGUAAAACUCAUCAAUUUCUAUACGUUUGGUUACAAGGUAUUUGUAUCAAGAUCGACAAACAUGCUGAUUUAAUGAUAAUUGAAGAUGCUACAGGACAAGCGGAAAUACAAAAUUGUUCUCGUCUUCUAAAUGCAUUGUCAAUAAAUGAAGGUGAUUAUACAAUGGUUGCUGGAAAAUUACUUAAUACAACUUCAUCAGAUCAUAUUAUUGUUGAGGGAUUUAAAAUUCAACCUUUUAAAACUUCAUCUAAACAUGAACUGAGUUGGCCAUUUGAAGUAGUUGAUAUUAGUCAACGUGUUUAUCAUUAG